AUGGACGUGCUCUCUGAAAUCGGCAUCCCCACUGUGGCCUUGGCAUCUGCCUUGUCCGUAGCUGCUGGUGCGUACCUCAAUGCGAAACUCGCCAUAUCGACCGAUCUGUCCCAAAUUUCUGGCGAUAAGGCGUUUGGGAAGCGCCUUGCGGAGCGCAUUGCCAAGCUCGAUGGUGCAACGACCAUAUACAAGAUUAUGGAGCGGGUGGUGGAUGUUGAAGGCAGGGGUGCUUUGGAUGCGCUCUGGUUUGAACAUCAGACUUGGUCAUACAGUCAAUUAAAGGAUUUGGUUGAUAGAAUGGCCGCUCUGUUGAAGACCCGUGGUAUCAACACCGGUGAUACAGUUGGGGUCUUCACGACCAAUUCACCGGAGAUGGUCAUCACCCUGUAUGCGUUGUCAAAAUUGGGUGCAGUAGCAGCAAUGAUCAACACCAACCUCCGAGACGACACAUUCACCCACUGCCUCAACGUCUCAGGCGCCAAAUCAAUCAUCUCAACUGCUGACCUAUCGCAACACGUCCUCGUCGACAUCCCCCACCUAACGAUAAACUUAAACUCCUUCCCAGACACCAAAACAAGUCCAGUAGAACUGAUAACCCCCUCAACCCUCCAAUCCCACUCCCCGACAGGCCUAAGCGCAGCAAAGCGUACACCCAAGGACCUAGCCGUCCUAAUCUACACCUCAGGGACAACAGGAAAACCUAAAGCCUGCGCAAUCCACAACAUGCUCACGCUGGUAACCUCAACGCCCCUCUCACGGGAUGCAAACAACCCAACAAAAUACUACCCUUUACGCAUCUACUCCUCCCUCCCCCUCUUCCACGGCACAGCCUUCUUCACGGGGAUCUGCGGCGCAGUCGGGAACGCAGGAACACUUUGUCUCCGACGGAAAUUCUCUGCAUCCCAGUUCUGGAAGGAUGUGCAUGAUUCGCGCGCUACGCGUAUCCUGUACAUCGGCGAAUUGUGUCGCUAUCUACUCGCUACCCCUGCCUCACCGUAUGACCAGGACCACAACUGCAUCGUUGCAGCGGGUAACGGGCUUCGCGGUGAGAUCUGGGAGAAAUUCCGGGAGCGGUUUAACGUCCCUGAAAUCCGGGAGUUUUAUCGGAGUACCGAGGGUGUGGCGAAAUUCGAUAACCAUGGUGUUGGCGCGUGGGGAGCGGGCAAGGUUGGCUUUUCGGGGCCUAUUCGGAGGUUUUUGGAGGAUGAUACUUUUAUUGUGAAAUAUGAUACGGAUAAGGAAGCUCCGUAUCGGGAUCCGAGUACUGGGUUCUGUGUCAGGGCUGGGCUGGGCCAAGAGGGUGAGGCUAUUGGGCGGGUUAGAGAUCGGGGAUUGUUGAUUGAGUAUCUUGGGAAUGAGGCUGCUACUGAGGAGAAGCUUCUCCGGGAUGUCUUUCAGAAAGGGGAUCUGUUUCAGCGGACUGGGGAUUUGGUUGUUCAGGACCUGGAUGGUUGGGUGAGGUUCCAGGACCGGGUUGGGGAUACUUUCCGGUGGAAGGGGGAAAAUGUUAGCGCUGGCGAGAUUCGGGAUCAUAUUUGUCGUAUUGAGGGGGUUCAUGAUGCUGUUGUCUACGGUGUUAAGCUGGCUGGGUAUGAUGGCCAGGCUGGUGCUGCCGGUAUCACGCUUGAAUCGCCUGCUGCUGAGGUUGAGUUGAUGUCCAACUUGUAUGUCGAGCUGAAGAAGAAGGGUGUUCCUUCUUACGCUCUUCCUCGACUUGUUCGCCUUACUGAGAAGGUUGCCACAGGCGUUACUUUCAAGCAGGCCAAAGGCGAUCUGGUGAAGAAGGGCUGGGACCCUCGCAAAGACUGGGGAGGCGACAUCCUCUAUUGGCUGGACGGAGAAAAGUACAAGAAACUGGAGACACAGAAUUGGUCGGAGAUCGAAAAUGGCAAGGCCAAGCUGUGA